CGCUAGAUUUUCAAACCCCGCUGAAAGGGUGCGCGAAAUCGACAAAAUUCUCAACAUUAAACCAAAAUCGAUGCCUGCCGCAUCCGAGCGCGAAAACAAGUUGUAAUUUCUCACUCGAAAACCUUUAGCUACUUAAAAAGUUCGAUUUAGAAGUGCUGUUUGCAAACCGACACAAAUGGAGCGCAAACCGGAAACCCAGAUUCAGAACGCUCCGUCCGACGCCAUCUCGUCGGUAAAAUUUUCCCCGAACACCAACCAGUUCCUGCUCGUUUCCAGUUGGGAUUCCAGCGUCCGGUUGUACGAUGUGGUCAACAACACCCUGCGGCAGAAGUACUACCAUGAUGCGCCCGUGUUGGAUUGUGCUUUCCAUGACUCAGUUCGCACGGUUAGUGCCGGUUUAGACAAUCUGGUCAAGCUGUACGAUCUGAACACACACGCCGAAAGUAUUUUAGGUAAUCAUGACGCCGGCGUCAAGUGUGUCGAAUAUUCGUCCAAGGUGAAUGGGAUUCUCACCGGAAGUUGGGACAAAACGGUCAAGAUGUGGGACAUCCGGGACAAGGACUGUGUUGGGAAGUAUGAACAGAGUAACGGGAAGGUAUAUUCGAUGAGCUGCAUCGACGAAAAACUUGUGGUGGCCACCUCGGAUCGGAAGGUCCUGGUUUGGGAUCUGCGGAACAUGGGACAGUACCUGACCAGGCGGGAGUCAUCGCUUAAGUUCCAAACUCGCUGUAUCCGUUGCUUCCCCAAUAAGGAGGGCUACGUGAUGAGUUCAAUUGAGGGCCGAGUGGCGGUCGAAUACUUCGAUAUGGAUCCGGAGGUACAGAAGAAAAAGUUUGCCUUCAAAUGUCAUCGCUCGAAGGAGAACAACAUGGAAAUGAUCUAUCCGGUGAAUGCUGUUAGUUUCCACAAUGUGUUCAAUACAUUUGCCACCGGAGGAACCGAUGGAUACGUUAACAUUUGGGACGGUUUCAACAAGAAACGGCUCUGUCAGUUCCAUCUGUACGACACGUCGAUCUCGUCGCUGGCCUUCAGCUACGACGGAAGCACUCUGGCAAUCGCUUGCUCCUACAUGGACGAGACGGAAGUGAUCCCGGAUCCGAUACCGGAACCGACGCUGUACGUGCGAUACGUGAGUGAAGCGGAAACGAAACCCAAAUAAAUUUGUGGCAAAAACAUUUAAUAUAGGAUAGCUUUUAAGAUACAUUACUCGUAAUCCUGUAUUUUUAACCCUGUAUCAAAUAAACCAGAACUUACUGCAAAAUUUA